GUUUCCUGCAGUCCUCGCACGCGUCCGUUUUAGCUCUUGACUCUCAGGCUCUCGGGUUCUCACAUACAUCCUCUGUUUUACUGGUUCUGUGUUCAUGGCUCGGAAGAAGAAGCCCACUAAAGCUGAGCAAGAAGCUCAGAUUGCUGCUCUCCAAGCACGGCUCGCGGAGCUAGAGGGUGCCGAAGCUGUCGCUGCGAAACCAGUCACUAAGAAGGCUGGCAAAGAUGGAAAGGAUGCGAAGGAAGUGGAGGAAAAGAAGCCUCGGGCAGCUCCAGCUCUCGAGUGGUCAAAACCCGAGCUGCACUAUGUGACAACGGCUGUGCUUAACACCAUUGAGGAGCGGCCAGAGCUGUGCCAGGCUUUUGGUUUCAUGAAGGACGGCUCGACCGUCACCGUAAGCUCCAAGGGUAAAAACAUGGAUGCGCAUUAUGAUACACUCAUCAACGAGGUCGUUAUCUACAAUAACAAGCAGCUAGGCUUUACGGAGGCCAAUCGUAAGGAUCUCAGGCCAGUUUUCAAGAACAGAGUCACAGCGCUCAAGGCUGGCUACUCAAAAUGGCGCAAGACAAUGACGGCAACAGGUCAAGGUCUUGUUGAUGCAGGAAAGGCUGAUGAGAUUUGGGAGGGUGUUGACAAUGCUACCUCCUCAGCAUGGGAUGUGGUGAGGGAAAGUUUCCCGUGGUAUGCCCAGAUGAACCGUCUCAUGGGUGGGAGUCCGGUUGCAAGCCGUGUCGCUGUCGCUAACAGUGCAAAGCCCCUGAGCACUGAUUUCUUGAACUCCAAGGCUCAUUCCUCUCGCUCUAAGCGUCACCGUGCGCUGGUGGCAGAUGCUGACGAUGGUCUUGAUCUUACCAUCCAUAUCACAUCUUCCCCUCAUAGUGCUCGCAUCGGCUCUCCUAUCCCAGACGAAAUUUCUGAUGGUGAAGAUGACCCCAAAUCACUCGCUCCCUCCCGAUCUCCUUCCCCAACUCCUGCUCCUAAAGCAUCCUCUGCUUCCAACUCUACAAGCAAGCGGCCACCCGACUCCGAUCUCGGAACUGCCAUCAAGCGUAAGAAGACCAUGGCCGAUACCGUGCAAGAUAUCGCUUCACGCAAUCAGAAGACAAAGGUUGAUGUAGCGAAGGUGAAGGUAGAGGGGAAGAUGAAGGGGAAGUACCAUAUUGCAGAGCUGAAGAUGAGGGCGAGGGCGAAGGAGGCAGCUGAUCGUCGCCGUCAUGAGGAAAACAUGAUGUUGCUCCAGUUUCGAAUCAUGAGUGGUGGUGGAAUGGGUGGGAUGAUGUAUGGUAUGGGAAUGGGCGCCAUGAACGGGAUGAACAGGACGGGCGGGAUGAAUGGGAUGGGUGCGAUGAACGGGAUGGGUGGGAUGGGCGGGAUGAACGGGAUGGGCGGGAUGAACGGGAUGGGCGGGAUGAACGGGAUGGGCAGGAUGAACGGGAUGGGCGGGAUGAACGGGAUGGGCGGGAUGGGAGGGAUGAAUGGGGUAGAUGGGGUGAAUGGUGGCGGGAUCAACGGUGGUAGAAUGGCGGAUAUGAAUGGCGGGGGAAUAGGCGAACUGGAGGUUGGCGAGUUGGGUGGGAUGAAUGGAGCUGGGAUUGGUAUGAUGAAUGCUGGGCUUGGAGGUGAGGUGAAUAUUGGCGGCAUAGGUGAUAUAGUAGAAGGUGCUGAUGAGGGUGGGAUUGAGCAUUUUGAUGAUUAUUUCGGGAUGCAGGGUGCUAACAGUGACGGGAUUGGUGAACUUGAUGCUGAGGAGCCUGAGGAUACUGGUGAUCAUUAAAAGUUAUUUCUCUAUUUCCUUUAUACUCUUUAAUUUACCUUUCAAUCCCUUAUUCUCUAUGUUAUUUGUAUAUAUGUUAUACUACUACGACCACUACUCAUUAGAUACAAGAAAUUCACGUAGAGCUAAUUUCAACUCUCCCCUUUUGACUUUCCCUGAUAAUAAUCGUAUAUCAUCCCCACUUGCGCUCUCUUCAGCUCUACGCUGCUCUCGAGCAUCAUCUCUCCAUUCUUCCUCGUCUAAUCGUGACUCCUCCAUGUAUCGCCUUCCAUCCUGAUAGAAC